ACCMUUAUUUCGAUUUCCCGAUCCAUCGCUCAUUUCUGAUGCCCGAAGCCACGUGCAGCUCCACCACUGAUAUUUCUUCCUGUUUGUCUUCCUUCCUUCUUCCUCUUUUCUUCCAUUCCGGCGCAAGAUAGCCUCCAUGGCAAACGCAUGAGUCAGAGUUUCUCAUUGCCCUCUGCAAUUUCCUGGAUUAGAAUUCCUAUCCACUUCUAUUUCUUAGAUUUUUUUCACUAUGAAGCUCAGGACGCUUUAGAAUUUUUCACUUUCCUUUAUUGCAAACUAUUCUGUUAUUUCACUGUUCAAUUUAAAAUCGGAACAAGAUGAUGGGUUCUGGUAACCAGGACUUCGAUGAAGCCCAGCUGUUUGCAUCUCGAGAGGAAAUGGAGAGCCUCAUUCUCGAUGAGCCUUCGAACGGAAAAUCUUUCUCUGAUUACCGGAGCGCGAUGUCUUCUGUCUCUGUCUCUGAAACUCACCAUCCAUUGUCGCCGCCAAUCGUCGGCAUAGGAGACAGCGACGACCCCCUGCUGUCGUCUCCAUCUUACAACAGAGACCAUCGAAACCCUAAUAUAUCCGAGAACUCGUACCUGGAACCCCCAUCUUACGCAGAUGUCAUCUUCAGUCCGUUCAGCGAUAAGAAUGGCGAGGUGAACGGAGUCGAGAACCCUAUCUAUGAUUCAGGAAAAUCCGGAGUUCUAUCGAGAUCAGCUUCGUCGAAUUCUGAGUACUUCAAGAUUUCGGUGUCAAAUCCUGUAAAAGAGCAGGAGACCUCGAAUUCGCUUGUUCCUGGAGGAAACACUUACUAUACGUAUCUGAUCACGACGAGAACUAACAUGCCCGAGUUUGGUGGAUCGGAGUUCAGCGUGCGGAGGCGCUUCAAAGAUGUGGUAACAUUGUCCGAUCGGUUAUCGGAGUCUUACAGAGGUUUCUUUAUUCCACCGCGACCGGAUAAGAAUGUAGUGGAGAGUCAGGUCAUGCAGAAGCAGGAAUUCGUGGAGCAGAGGCGGGUGGCCUUGGAGAAGUAUUUGUCUCGAUUGGCAGCACAUCCGGUGAUCAAGAAGAGUGAGGAGCUUAGGGUGUUUUUACAGGUUCAGGGGAAACUUCCAUUGCCAACGACUACCGAUGUGGCUUCCAGGAUGCUUGAUGGUGCGGUCAAGCUUCCAAAGCAGUUGUUUGGGGAAUCUGCUAGUGUAGUUGCUCCGCAUGAGGUUGUGCAGCCCGCCAAAGGAGGAAGGGACCUGUUGAGGAUCUUUAAGGAAUUGAAGCAGUCAGUAGCCAAUGAUUGGGGUGGCACGAAGCCGCCAGUAGUCGAGGAAGAUAAGGAGUUUCUAGAGAAGAAGGAGAAGUUGCAGGAUCUCGAGCAGCAGCUCAGCAAUGCAUCUCAGCAGGCUGAGUCUCUUGUCAAGGCCCAACAGGACAUUGGAGAAACAAUGGGGGAAUUGGGUCUAGCAUUUAUUAAACUAACAAAAUUUGAAACGGAGGAGGCCGUAAACAAUUCUCAAAGAAUACGAGCUGCUGAUAUGAAACGCGUGGCAACAGCUGCAGUUAAAGCAAGCAGAUUCUAUCGGGAAUCAAAUGCUCAGACAGUAAAGUAUUUGGACACACUUCAUGAAUAUCUUGGAUUGAUGCUAGCUGUCCACAGUGCAUUCUCAGAUAGGUCAAGUGCUUUAUUGACAGUACAAACUCUUCUAUCAGAACUGUCUUCCUUGCAUUCAAGGGCUGAAAAACUUGAAACUGCAUCAUCCAAAAUAUUCGGUGGCGACAGAUCCAGGAUUCGCAAAAUAGAAGAGCUGAAAGAAACUAUAAAAGUUACUGAGGAUGCUAAAAGUUGUGCAGUUAGAGAAUAUGAAAGGAUCAAGGAAAACAAUCGAAAUGAACUUGAGAGGCUAGACAGAGAAAGACGUAAUGACUUCUUGGGCAUGCUGAAAGGGUUUGUAAUUAAUCAGGUGGGAUAUGCAGAGAAAAUAGCAAAUGUGUGGGCAAAUGUUGCAGAAGAAACAAGUGGGUACACGAAAGAGAGCAGUUAAAAUCUGAUUGUAAAAUUUAGCCCCCCCUUUAAAUAUCUGCUGUCUUCCUCCUCCCUUCUAUUGCAUUUGUGUACAUUACUAGGAAAUAACGACACGUUCAUUCUCCAUUGUAAUAAAGGAGAGUACUUGGUAGAAUUAUCUUGAAAUUUGUCGAACUUUUCUUGGAUCUGCUACCGACGUAGUUGCCUGGUGCAACUAUGAAAUGUUGCUUAUGAACGCUCUCUAACGAGGACAGGGACCUGGUGGCGGAUAUGACAAAGAUUUGUCGUCCUUUUUUAGUUUU